AUGCAGAGCAGCGAGGCUGCCGCAGCGCCACCGAUGAAGCUCAUUAGGUGGUGGUUUGGCAAGUCGGAGGAAGAACGGCAGGCGCUUAGGCAAUGCCCAACAAUAUCCGAGAAGGCGCAGCAGAACAUUUGCGCGGUGGAACACUUUGCCCAGGAGCACAGCUACUAUGUCGCGUGCGAGACGGAUAUGGAUGUUUGCCCACUGCCGUCCUUGACGCCGGUGCCGCGGCGUAUCUCGCAAGGGUGGGAGUAUGGCGUCUCACUCCCAUGCGCCAUGCACAACGCAGCGACGUACGGUGGAAGGUACGCAGCAGCAUCGAGGAGAGCGGCACGCGAUGCAGCGACACAUCGUCUACUUGCGAAAGUGUAUGCACGCACAGAAGUUGUCUUGCGUGACUACAGCGCACAGUUUUGGCCAGCGGCGGGGUCUGUGGCGCACAAAAAUAAUGACUGGUACAGUAGUGUGGCCCGUAUUAUUGUUGAAGCCCUGACAGAAGCAUCCAUGGCAGCGGUGUACCGUCUUGGGCUCGCCGAUGGCUUGGAGACGAUUGAGAAGGAAAGGUCACAGGUUGAAAUGCCAGAUUCGAAUCGGGGCGAGUCAGGAAGUACGGAUGUUGUGUCAAAACCCGUGGGCGCACGCCGAGCCGAUGCGCAUGGCUGCUUGGGUGUGUGGAUGAUGCUUACGUUAACGCAUACAACGGCUACGAAGAAGAAGAAGGAGGAGGAGGGAGAGGAAAUCAAACAGAAAAUUGCGUCAUCGCCACAUGUGUUGGGCUCUGCGCGUGGGGUGAAACGUCAAAGGAGUGAAGAAGAUUGUGCAAGCGGUCAGCCACCAGAGCUGCAUGGCGAUGCAGAGGUGAAUGGGUGGCGGCUGUUGCGAGGGCAGUUUGCGCCUUUAUGUGGGGGUGAGUUCUCGUCCAACAAUAGGGGCAGUGACAAUAAUAAUGAUGAUGCUGGUUAUGCAGAGGAUGAGGGAGGGGUUGUGGUUCCUUACACCAGCCCGUGUAUCACCAUAACCGCUGCGGACAUGCGUUUUGGUAUCGCCAGGGCGCUGAAGAACUGCCGGAGUGACGUCACGUGA